UUCUUUGUUUUCCAGGUUAUAUUUCACACUAUGUGCUGACUGUAUCUACAGAAGAUAUUUAACAAAAAAAAAAGAUAAACUUUUUUCAAAGAUUUUGAUUCCAGUGGAAUCUUUGCUUUAGAUUUGUGUGUGUGUGUGUGUAUUAGUGAAUUGUAACUCCAGAAGCAAUGCCUGUACAAGCUCCACAAUGGACGGAUUUCCUCUCCUGCCCAAUUUGCACUCAGACUUUCGACGAAACAAUUCGAAAGCCCAUCAGUUUGGGCUGUGGCCAUACUGUCUGUAAGAUGUGCCUGAACAAACUCCACCGCAAGGCUUGCCCAUUUGACCAGACCACUAUCAAUACAGACAUUGAGCUCCUUCCCGUGAACUCAGCAUUGCUGCAGCUAGUGGGUGCUCAGGUCCCUGAACAGCAGCCCAUUACUUUGUGUAGUGGGGUUGAAGACACAAAGCAUUAUGAAGAAGCCAAGAAAUGUGUAGAAGAAUUAGCAUUGUACCUGAAACCGCUCAGCAGUGCUAGAGGAGUGGGUCUGAAUAGCACUACCCAGAGUGUUCUGAGUCGCCCAAUGCAGAGGAAGCUUGUGACUCUGGUUCACUGCCAACUAGUGGAAGAAGAAGGCAGGAUUCGUGCCAUGAGAGCUGCUCGCUCUUUAGGUGAACGAACAGUUACAGAACUCAUUCUCCAGCACCAGAAUCCUCAGCAACUCUCUUCUAAUCUUUGGGCAGCAGUCAGGGCUAGGGGCUGUCAGUUCCUUGGACCAGCAAUGCAGGAGGAAGCUCUAAAGCUGGUUCUACUGGCCUUAGAAGAUGGCUCUGCUUUGUCAAGAAAAGUACUGGUUCUUUUUGUGGUGCAAAGGUUGGAGCCGCGGUUUCCUCAAGCUUCUAAAACUAGCAUUGGGCAUGUUGUUCAGCUCCUUUACAGAGCCUCCUGCUUCAAGGUCACCAAACGUGAUGAAGACUCUUCUCUGAUGCAGCUGAAAGAAGAAUUUAGAACUUAUGAAGCUCUGCGACGAGAGCAUGACUCCCAGAUAGUACAGAUUGCUAUGGAAGCAGGCUUAAGGAUUGCACCAGACCAGUGGUCCUCUUUGCUUUAUGGAGACCAGUCUCACAAAUCUCACAUGCAGUCCAUUAUUGACAAGUUGCAGACCCCAGCCUCUUUUGCUCAGAGUGUUCAGGAACUAACAAUUGCUCUCCAGCGGACUGGAGACCCAGCAAACUUGAACCGACUAAGACCCCAUUUGGAACUAUUAGCAAACAUUGACCCAAGUCCAGAUGCUCCUCCUCCUACUUGGGAACAGCUAGAAAAUGGACUGGUAGCUGUGCGUACAGUUGUACAUGGGCUGGUUGAUUAUAUACAGAACCAUAGCAAAAAAGGAACAGAUCAACAGCAGCCUCCACAGCAUAGCAAAUAUAAAACAUACAUGUGUCGAGAUAUGAAGCAAAGAGGAGGAUGCCCUCGUGGUGCCAGCUGUACAUUUGCACACUCACAAGAGGAACUGGAAAAAUUUCGUAAAAUGAACAAACGUCUAGUUCCCAGAAGACCUCUGAGUGCCUCUUUGGGUCAGUUGAAUGAGGUGGGCCUGCCUUCUGCAGCCAUCCUUCCAGAAGAAGGUGCAGUGGAUCUACCUAGCAGAAAACCCCCUGCUCUACCAAAUGGAAUUGUGCCAGCAGGAAAUACAGUAACACAACUGAUUCCACGGGGGACAGAUCCCAGCUAUGAUUCUAGUCUGAAACCAGGGAAAAUAGAUCAUCUGAGCAGUAGUGCUCCAGGAUCCCCUCCUGACCUGCUAGAAUCUGUCCCUAAGAGUAUUUCUGCCUUACCUGUGAAUCCACAUCCUGUACCUCCAAGGGGGCCGGCAGAUCUGCCUCCCAUGCCUGUCACCAAACCACUUCAGAUGGUACCACGAGGUUCUCAGUUAUAUCCAGCACAAGCAGAUGUUUAUUAUCAGGAUCCUCGAGGAGCUGCCCCACCAUUUGAACCAGCACCUUAUCAGCAGGGUAUGUACUAUACCCCACCACCAUGUGUAUCCCGCUUUGUUCGACCUCCACCAUCUGCUCCUGAACCUGGUCCUCCCUACUUGGAUCCUUAUCCACCCUACCUCCAAGAUCGUGUUAUGAACUCUCAGUACAGCGCACAGCCACAACAGUACCCACCUAUGUACCCACCUCACUAUGAUGGCCGUCGAGUGUACCCUGCUCAGUCUUAUACAAGAGAGGAAAUUUUCCGAGAAAGCCCUAUACCCAUUGAGAUUCCACCUGCUGCAGUACCAUCAUAUGUACCAGAGUCCAGAGAAAGAUACCAGCAAGUGGAGGGUUACUAUCCAGUAGCCCCUCAUCCUACUCAGAUCAGACCUUCGUAUCCCAGAGAGCCUCCAUAUAGCCGGCUUCCUCCUCCUCCCCCCCAGCCCCAUCCUAGUCUAGAUGAACUACAUCGCCGACGAAAGGAAAUUAUGGCUCAACUGGAGGAAAGAAAGGUUAUCUCUCCACCUCCUUUUGCACCUUCACCAACAUUGCCUCCCACAUUCCAUCAAGAGGAAUUUUUGGAUGAAGAAUUGAAGGUAGCUGGGAAAUACAAAGGAAAUGAUUAUAGCCAAUACUCUCCUUGGUCAUGUGACACCAUCGGCUCCUACAUUGGAACCAAAGAUGCAAAACCCAAAGAUGUUGUGGCAGCAGGGAGUGUGGAAAUGAUGAAUGUGGAAAGUAAAGGAAUGAGAGACCAGCGAUUGGAACUUCAGAGAAGAGCAGUAGAAACCAGUGAUGAUGACCUCAUCCCAUUUGGAGACCGACCAACAGUAUCUCGGUUUGGUGCCAUCUCUCGAACUUCCAAAACGCUAUAUCAGGGUGCUGGCCCAAUGCAGGCUAUGGCACCUCAGGGAGCUCCCACAAAAUCUAUUAACAUUUCUGAUUACAGUCCAUAUGGAACCCACGGUGGCUGGGGAGGUUCUCCAUAUUCACCUCAUCAAAAUGUAACUUCUCAGGGACACUUCAGUGAGAGGGAGCGAGUAUCCAUGCCAGAAGUAGCCAGUCAUGGAAAACCCCUUCCAUCUGCUGAGAGAGAACAACUACGACUAGAAUUGCAGCAACUGAACCAUCAGAUUAGCCAGCAGACUCAGCUACGCGGAUUAGAGGCGGUUAGUAACAGGCUGGUGUUGCAGAGGGAAACAAACACCUUGGCCGGACAGCCACAGCCGCCGCCUCCUCCAAAGUGGCCUGGAAUGAUCUCAAGUGAGCAGUUGAGCUUGGAACUGCAUCAAGUGGAAAGGGAAAUUGGGAAGAGAACCCGGGAACUAAGUAUGGAGAACCAGUGUUCUCUGGACAUGAAAACCAAAUUGAAUACAAGUAAGCAAGCAGAAAAUGGACAACCAGAACCACAAAACAAGGUUCCAGCUGAGGACCUUACAUUGACAUUCAGUGAUAUACCGAAUGGAUCAGCCUUGACACAAGAGAAUAUCAGCCUCCUGUCAAACAAGACCAGCUCUCUGAACCUAUCAGAGGACCCAGAGGGAGGAGGAGAUAACAAUGACUCCCAGAGAUCCGGAGUUACUCCCAGUUCUGCUCCCUAAAACAUGAGAAAUCCUAAUAUUCUCUUCUGCUCCUAAUCAAUUUGUGGAGCAUAAGGGUAGAAGAAUGAAUGACUUCUAAAUGUGUUCUCUCUAAGAGUGAUCAGAGAAAUCCAGGAAAAGCACCAGAGGCAAUGUGCACAAACACCACUACUAAAAACAAACCCUGCACAUAGUUCACAUUAACGCAUUUUUUUUUAAUUUAAAGAAAAAGAAAAUUAGCAGUAUCUGCAAGCAAUUCAGAUUAAAUUUGUUUUUGUUCUGUGAAUGAACUUUAUUUUAAUAACUUUGGACGCCUUGGAUCCAGGGCUUUAAAAAAAGAUGAUGAUAUUAUAUAUACACUCUGUUUGAUUAAUUGUAUGAUCUUAAUGAAGUAGGUUUUUCUUGUAUUUUGGUAUUAUUACAUACCCAGUGUAUAAUUCCUUACCUCCAGUCCUUUCCAACUCUCACCACUCCUUAAACUAAAACAGACAAAAAGCACUAGCGUUUCUUAGAAUUCUGUGGUGCUUGAGAAACAGAGACAAUAGACUGAGUUACUAGAAAAUGUGCAGCAAACUAAAUUUCUCAGACCUUGUUAUUUAGAAUUUUUUCCUUUUUGGAUCACUAGGUUCAUGGAUAAAAAAAUGUUUUUUGCUAUGACAUUAAAACGUUUGUUGUUAACCAACCAUUUAGAAGGGUUUUAUUUUCAACUUUUAAGAAUGAAAAUUAACAACUAAAUGUUUUAGCUCCCUGUUAAGGAUCCUUUGCAUUCUCUUAAUGUAAUCAGAAAGGCAAUUCAGUGUGUCCUUUUUGAUGAGAUUUAAAUGAAGAUUAAGAGUGAAAUGUAAUUUGUUAGCACUAAAAAUACACAAUUAGUAUAUUAGCUAUUGAGCUCAUGGUUGGGAAUUUGAAGCUUUUUUUUUUUUUUAUUAAACUUUGCUAAAAUCAGAAUGCUCAAAAAACAGGACAAUCAUCCAUGUUUUAAAAUUAACACUUUAUUUGAACUUAAACAGGGACACCUUUUUUCAGUAAAUGAAAUAUGGACACAUUAUUUCUUUUACUCUCAAAACUUACAAAAGCAUAAAAUAAAACCCGUGUACUGGAGCCCUUGGAUUUCAAAAAAGAUUUGGCAGAUAUAAAACUGCCUGAAUCUUAAGGGUGGUUUGUGAAUUGAUCACUGGUUGCUAUCCCAAAUUAUUAGCAUAAAUAAGUAGUAAAUAUUUUGAAAUCAAUUUUCAUAGAUUUGGAUUCCAGCCUUGAUAAACUUUGUUCAAGAAAAUUUUGCAAAGAGGAAGAAUUUUUUUUUUAAUUUUUAGUUCUGCUGCACAUAUUCUGAUACCCUGAGUCUAUACUUAACCCCUAUAAAGCAUGUUUUGUGGGGAUUAUUUCACUCUCUCUGUCCACUGUUUGCCUGAUAUUUUUAGUUUCCCUUUUUGGAUUAUACUACUAAAUCAGAAAGCACUGGUUAUGUAAUAAGUUACUGCAUUGCUUUGGUUGGGUAAAAGCAAAAGUUUAUAUUUUUCUUGUUUCUUAUAUUCUUAACCCUUAACUCCUGCUGAGGUCAUAACAGCCUCAGACUAAGCUCUGUGUCCAUUAUAUUAUUAACUGAAACAAAUGGGGGUGGGUGGGAAGGGUAAUACAGUCCUGCCAUUGCCUACCAGUAGGAGAGUCCAAACCGAACACUCUUUUGAGUAGCGAUUAUUUAAUUUGCCCAGUCAAGGCACCGUGUUUAUAUACUAUUUCACAUUGAAUUUGAUUAUGCCCUACAGACCUGGCUGGUCAAGGAUUUGAUAUACACAUUUGGCUUGGGAUUCGAGCUUUCUUUUUUAUUUAAAUAAAAAUUUAUAUAUAUAUAUUAUAUAUAUACAUAUAUACAUAGCUAUAUCUGUAUAUAUAUUGGGUAUGUUUUAAGGAUUUCUUCGCAUGAGCGCAGCUGUUGCGAUAAAAUGACUGAUUGGGAGGUAGAAGCACUGAACGAAGGUGAGGCAUUUUUUCAGUUGAUACAUUUCCUUUUUUUAAAAAAAAUACAUUCAUACAUUUGCUUUUUUUGACCUUUUUUUUUUAAAAAAAAACCCUAUUAUAUUUACACUUUAAGUACUUAUUGUUUAUUGGGAGAAGGAAAGAAACUUUUGUUAUGUCUGACAGUCUUAAGAAUUUUCAUUUCUUUAUAUAAAAGCCAACAUUAUUUGCCUCCAACCUUCUGUAGGCAAAUUUGGACAUAUCUUAUUUCUCCUUUGGACAUGUCAGAUAAUUCCUAAGUUUUAGAAGCAGUUGGUUUAUUUUGGAAGUUGGAAUGAUUCUGCUAUUAGAAAAGAAUUUAUGGGUAAUGAUUUUGUUGAGGUUAGGAAUAAAAGUAAAGUAGUUCCAUUCCCCUAAUAACUCAAAUUCUUUCAUUCUUGUUCUUAUUUUCUCUGUAUACACUAAUGCCUUUUUUAAAAAUGUAUUUUCAUUUGGGGGCAAAAAAAAAAAAGUCUUUUCUGGCAUGAAUUCUAGCUAUAGCCCUUCCUGUCCCCACACUCUAGAGGCAGUCUGCUUGGAUAGAAAAGCAGAAUGUAGACCAUCUUCUUGUUCAGUUGUUUUAAAUUGGCCAUCCUGCCUUACCUGCUGGAAACUGUUACAGCUUUCCUAGUGCCCUCCAACAGGUUUGGGAAUUUAUUAAAACCCCUAAACUUGGGGGGGGGGGACAUUUUGUUGUUGUUUUUCUCUUGGAUAUACUUUGUGUUAUGAGGAGCCAGUAAAGGUAAAUGGCCUAUUAGGGCAUAACCACUUGACUCUGGAACCGCUUUUUUAUCAAAAUCUAAAAAGCAUUGAUUUUUUUUCCUGGCUUUUUAAAUUUAUUUGUGCCUUUAGAGACAUUAGAAGUGAAACCAAUCAGGUAAGAAAUAUAGUUUUUUUGUGCUUCCUUUUAAACAUGAGUUUCUUCUGGAGAUGAUCUUGUGCUUUUCAAAAGCAAGUCUUGGAAAUCUCAAAUGAACUCCAUCAACAGUUCUGAAAGGGUUAAGAUAGAGUAAUGAGCAUUGUGUUCACUCUUGUUUAGAUAACAAAGUUAGAUUUUAUUAUAAUGAGGAAUAGAAAAAGUGUUUUGGAUUAUUUUUUCAAGGGGUUUUUGGAAAAGUGUAGAAGAAUUGAGAAUAAGAUGUCCAGGAUCAGUUUCCUGUCUUACAUGUAGUGUUUUUUUUUGUUUUUUUUUUUUAAUUUAUAGAUAUUGUCAAAAGGUAGGUCUAAUAGAUGCCCUUUUUUGGCUAAUGUACAGAGCCUAAAGUGACCAAAGAUCUAUUCUUUAUUUUCUAAUUGAGAAGAAGUUAGUUCCUAGUAGUAAUAUUACUCAAAUGAUAAUGACACUAUUCUUAAUGUCAACUACUCAGAAUGUAUAGAAAUUGGUUUGGUACAGCAUUAAUGUGGGUGAUUCCCUUCUCCCAUCUUAUUUCCCUUCCCUUUUCCUACUUUUCCAUGUAUUUAUUCGUUUGCCUGAAAGAUAACAAAUUGAUAUGAUUCUUAUUUGCUACUUUGAGUAUGUAACUCCAUCAGAUUUUGCAUGGGUCCCCAUUGUUGGAGCUCAAAAUUUAAUUCCUAAGUUUUCCCAUGAAUCUUUUGUUUUUUUCCCCUGACCCUUGUUCAUUCUGCAGUUUCCCCUUGACUUACCCACUGCCCUUCCCAAUCUGUAACAGUGACAGUUUGCUGCCUCAAAACAGAGCAUUCAAAUGAAUUCGCUUAGCCAAUAACUUCUGUGAAGUUGCCUUUUCUAAUGGUGUUAUUACUCAGUGAUGCACAAAUGUGGUAUUUGCCCUACUGGUAGGCAAACAGAGAUCUGGUUAAGAAUGGUAACCUGCUGUUUUCUUUAAGGGAGAGCCAAAGACUUGUGCUUUACUGUUUUGGUUUGGGGGGAUGUAGUAGCCAUUUUGAUUGUGAAACCUUUUAGUAUUUGUGAAUUGACUGUACUGUGUAGAUUUAUCUAAAGUUAACUGUUAAAGUUAGCUGGCCUUAUAAAAUGUAAAAAAGUAAUGGAAAUUCAUCAUUUUUUUCUAAACCAGUGAAUGUCUGCUUUUACAAUAUUGAGUAAGCAACCACCUGCCUUUUUUGAGACUAUCUUAUAAUAGCAUCUCCCAUGGUUUUGUUUUUUCACUUGUGCCUGAAGGAUGAUACACUCUCAGGAUGGUCAGGUCAUGGAACUGGGUAAUCUUCCUGAGUAUCUGGCUAAUGAGAAAUAAUUAAUUGUAGUCAGAUUCAGAGAAAAAUAAGAUUCUUUUCACUAAAGAGGAUUCAUUUGCUUUUACAUAUAUAUAAUAUGUUAUAUAUAUGUAUACACCCAUGGUGGUGGAUGGAAGUCUCGCUAUCUUUUUUCUACUUUUGUUCAUUUUAAAGAACUGAGUAAAGGCUUCAUAGAUAUCUGUAAAAACCACCUAUAAUGAUAUUUCAUUAGGAGAAAUGGCCCAGUUACUUUUAGAAGAAAUUAAUAACUUGUCUGAAAAUUAACUGCAGUGUUCACUUAAACCUUUACCUUAAAAAUAGUCCUAGUUUAUUAAAAUUUUAAUUGAUACAUGGUUACAGUGUUGUAAAGUGAUCUCUUCCCCUGGAAGUUAAAAUCAGAGCUGCCAAAUUAAAAACAGAUUGGAUUCAGCUUUGGGGACUAAACAGACAAACUGUCUACUGCUGGUGUCAUUGUCCCUCAUGCCCUCUGGCUGAUCCACAUCUACAUUUCUACCUUGGACAGCUUUUAUUUUUAUAUUUAUUGUUGCUUCAGCUCAGCUUUAUGAAAUUUUUCUGCUGAAAUGACUUAUUGGGAAUUGUAGAUGAAUUGCAGUUAAUUUUUUUUAAUUCUCAAUUCCUCUUUUCUGAGCCACUUAAAGCUGUUUUGUCAAAAGGUACUAUUUACUAUGGUAAAUAACUUAAGAUUUGAAGUUUUAAGAUUUUUGUUUUUGUGACUGCUAAAAGUCUUUUCACAGUAAAUUCUAAUUAAUAAGUAAUACUAGCUAUAAUGUUAAUUAAGAAUAAGAAACUGCCAACACCAGGAAUAAGUGACACCUUUUAUUAAUCAGUAAUGUUCCCAAUAGGUGGGUUUUCAAUACUGCACUGAGCAGAGUGGGUCCAGAGCCCUUUGCAACCAUGUUGUGGUCGCAGGGUUACCUCACUACUGGAACCCUGGUUUUCAGAGCCUCAGAGUUUUCAGCCAAACACUGAAUUUCCCCUAAAUUUUGUCCUGAGCAAAACAUCCCUAAAGUAAUAUUUAUUUUCACUAGAAAUUAAGGCACAACAACCCAAGGUGGAAAACUUAAACCUGUAGACAAUAUUGUGUCUAAAAUGUGUGUUUAGAGAAAUAAAAUCCUGUGGAGUUUGUUAUCCUAAUGUAUGUUUAUUAUAUACUAGAUAACGUGACUUGUUUUCUUAUAUUGAAGUUCCACUGUCUCUGGCUUUUCUUUGGUUUUGUGUUCUUGUUUUUGUUUUUGUUUUUUUUUUUAACUCUAAGCAGACAGAGCUCACAAGUCUUUGGCAUCCGUUUUAGGUUGUACACUCAGAGUUGUCUUAUAACUGGAAACUGUCAGGUGGGGCAUGUGAGAGGGUCAAAAAAGGGUGGGAACAAAUAGUGGGUUGAUAAUUGGUUGGGUGGUUGGUUUUUUUGUUUUGUUUUUUUGGCCUGGGUUUUUAAAAAAUUAAAGAUGUUUUAGUGUUACCUCUCCUCAUUAUUGGUUGCCUUUCUCACAAUAAUAUCUGAUUUAGCCCAUAAAAUAUUCCUUUGAUUUAAAGGCAUUUUAAGCUUUUUUGCCUCUAAUAUUUACCUUUCUCUGUUCAGUUGAAACACUAUCUUCAGACUACUUUUUUCAGAUGUUGCCUGAGUGUUCAUAUUUACCCCUUUUUCAUCCUUUGUCUUUUUCCCACAUUUUGGAAAUGAAUGGGACUUGAAGAAAAAAAAUUUCUUUCAUUUUAUUUAUUGGUCAUGGACUUUAUUAGCUUUAUGAUGAAUCUAUGACUUGGAAACAUGAACAUUGGAAAAAGUGAAUUAAGAUAAUGAACAAAAACCUUUCACCCACUUAAACAUUUUCCAGUUGUCAGAUUCCUCAUGAUGUGUGUGGUCUCUUCCCAUUGCCCCCUGCAGCCCUUUUUUCUCUGCUCAAUUGGUCUUUAGGCUCAUACCAGUCUCCCAGAGACAUUCUGCAGUCAUUAUCACCUUUUUGGGUGGAUUUUAUUUUGUUUUGUUUUUUAAAAAAAAAAAUAAUAAUAACUUUUUAACAUUGAUGCAUAUUUGCUUGGGAUAGAGCUUGUGUAAUUUACCAAUCGUAUUGAUUGUAUGUGAUUGUGCCCUGCAGAGGUAUACUUAACAAGACAAAAAUAAUCUAGGUGAAUAAAGGAGCCCUUGAGAUUUGAGUCAGGUUAUAAGAGAUUUAAUAAAAUCACUUAGAAUUUUGGAUAGUAAGAAUUCUUUCUCUUAUUCUUAUAAAUCAGUGUUAGAUAAAAUGUCAUUUUUUAAAGGUUUUUCUUGCAUUCCUAGGUUUGUUUGGUUUGAGGUUUUUGGGUUUUUUUGCCUGUCUCUACCCACCUGUUCAGAAAUUUUUAAAAAUUUAGUGUUCAGCCUUAAAGUGACAGCUGAUUUUUAAUUGCUGAAUUUUGUGAAAUUUUACUUUUUCCAAAUGUUUUCAAUUUUUUAAAAAGUGAAAAUAGACAAUGGGUUGGGAUUUCACAAGCUGUGAAUAAUUCCGUAGCAUCUGGCAAACUGUGAAAUCUUGUUCGAAGGCUUUGUAAUGACUUAUCUGAAAGUUCUUUUGGAAUGGGGGGGGCAGGGAAUCUUGUUUGAAAUGGACCAUUUCCUCUCUUUUUAGUAUUCCUAAUUUUUAAGCAGCCUUCAGAACAAAUAAAAAAAAGAAAUGAUAGGACUAUGUUUAGAGCAGCAAAACUCUGACUGAAUAAGUACAAGUUCUACUUUUUGCAGAUUUGAGAGGAUUAGGGCCAUCUUUUUCUAUUUUCUAUUAUUUGUGUGCAUGUUGUUUGUAUCAAGAUGCCACAUUUUGUUAAAAUGCUAUUUCCUUUCUUUAUUACCUUAGAAACUGACUCAGCCUCUUGUUGCUCCUGAUUAGUGUUUAAGGCUCCCAUGAGUUGCAGAUAAAAGGAUUUAUUUUAACCAGUAGAAGGAGGUGAUUCACCAUUUGGAUUGUAAAUAUACGAACGUGUCUACGAGGUCUUUAUCUGCUUUCUGUCAGCAUUUAUAUUAAAUGAUAAAUUAAUGAGUAA